AUGUGGCCCAGGAAAGGCUACAAAUACUGUGCCGGCAGCCAUCCUGGUACAACCCAUGUCAGGUUCAAAUGUAUACCGAAAUUAGGAAUCGUUUUCGGUGAGAACUGUCAUUUCUAUGGCAACUUGGAAGGCUUGUGUAAUAAUAAGAGAUCCAGAUGCUGCACGGUGCCUGUGAGAAUGGAUAAUAUGUAG